AUGGAACAAGCGUACACCAGAAAACCCACCCUCACCCACUUCAAAGAAUUCUUUCGUGAUGCCGAAAAUGUCGCCAGACCGAAACCACUGUCAGCGCCGCAGGCUACACCAACGAGCCAACGCAACUAUCAGGACACCCAAACGUUACCACCGGGACUCUACGCUCACCCACCACAACUGAUCGACAUAGCCACGAUCACCAGGAUCGUCCAAGAGUCACUUCGAGAAUCCCAAGCAGCAAACGCAACCACCACCACCACCACCGAUCGCCCAACCGACGCUCCGCUACCAGAGCCAACACCUCGAUCGUUGGUCUCACGGCAGCCGAACUCGAUGCAUGGGAUGGUGCUGGACUCACGGUUACUGCCAAACCCAGCCCACAACAGUGAUACGUGCAACUUCCCAAAGGAGGGCCACAACAUCCAGGCCACCGCUCAAAACAAAAUGGGAGGCAGCAACGAACGAUACCAGCCCCGCCGAGGAAACUGA